CGCCUCUUCUCCGUGCCGGGGGAGGGACGGAGGGGCAGGGCGGGAGAGAAAGAAAACCCGACUGACCGGCUGGCCAAGAGCUGCAUGCAACCGGUGGGAGGCCGGGCCGGCUGGGGCUGGGGCUUGGGCUCGGGCCGUUUCUCGGCGGGUCCCUGGCGGCGAGCGCGGACGGCCCGGAGGCGGCGGCUCUGAGCUGGCAGGCGGAGGGUUGUCUCCCGCGCCCGCCUGCCGGGCUCGGUCCGAGGAUGCGGGGGGGCGAUGCCCGGGGCCAGGGACGCGCUCUGUCACCAGGCGCUGCAGCUGCUGGCCGAGCUCUGUGCCCGCGGGGCCCUGGAGCACGACAGCUGCCAGGAUUUCAUCUACCACCUGCGGGACCGCGCCAGACCCCGGCUCCGCGACCCAGAUAUCUCAGUGAGCCUGCUGACCCUUGUGGUCACUGCCUGUGGCCUCGCCCUCUUUGGCGUGUCUCUCUUCGUGUCUUGGAAACUCUGCUGGGUUCCGUGGCGAGAACGAGGCCUGUUCUCUGGUAGCAAAGACAACAAUCAGGAACCUCUUAACUACAUGGACACAGAGACCAACGAGCAGGAGAACAGUGAGGGCUUCCUAGACCCUCCCACCCCUUGUCCAGACGCCUCCAUGAAGAUCAGCCACACCUCCCCUGACAUUCCCCUCUCGACCCAGACGGGGGACCAGGAGAACUGUGCCCAUGGCGUCCGCGUACAGCGCCAAGUCACAGAGCCAACCUCAUCAGCUCGGCAUAAUUCAAUCCGAAGACAACUCAACCUGUCAAACCCAGACUUCAAUAUCCAACAGCUUCAAAAACAGGAACAGUUGACUGGAAUUGGUCGAAUUAAACCGGAGUUAUAUAAGCAGAGGUCAUUGGAUAAUGAGGAUGGGAAAAGGAGUAACAGCAAAGCCUGUGGGAAGCUGAACUUCAUUUUAAAAUAUGACUGUGACUUAGAGCAACUCAUAGUGAAGAUUCACAAAGCUGUCAAUUUGCCCGCCAAGGACUUUUCUGGGACUUCAGAUCCUUAUGUCAAGAUCUAUUUGCUUCCCGAUCGGAAAACGAAACACCAGACUAAAGUUCACAGGAAGACCCUGAACCCUGUGUUUGAUGAAGUGUUUUUGUUUCCGGUUCCCUACAAUGACCUUGUAGCCCGGAAGCUUCACUUCUCUGUCUAUGACUUUGACAGGUUCUCUCGCCAUGACUUAAUCGGCCAAGUGGUGGUGGAUCACUUCUUAGACUUGACUGAUUUCCCCAGGGAGUGCAUCCUUUGGAAGGAUAUCGAAUAUGUCACCAAUGACAACGUGGAUCUUGGAGAGCUGAUGUUUUCCCUCUGCUAUCUUCCCACGGCUGGCAGGCUGACCAUUACCAUUAUAAAAGCAAGGAAUUUAAAGGCAAUGGACAUAACAGGAGCAUCAGAUCCCUACGUGAAAGUCUCAUUGAUGUGUGAUGGCAGGCGAUUGAAGAAGAGGAAAACGUCCACCAAGAGGAACACUCUGAAUCCUGUUUACAACGAAGCCAUAGUCUUUGACGUCCCUCCCGAGAAUAUUGACCAAAUCUACUUGUCCGUAGCGGUCAUGGAUUACGACCGUGUAGGUCACAAUGAGAUCAUCGGCGUGUGUCAAGUAGGCAACGAAGCUGAGAGGCUGGGCAGAGACCACUGGAGUGAAAUGUUGUCAUAUCCGCGCAAGCCCAUUGCACACUGGCAUUCCCUGGUGGAGAACAGAAAUCCUGACACAAACUGGAUUAAACAAUGAGAAAUGUAUCAUCUGGCUAAGGAAUUAGAGAAACGAUGACUAUGGGUAAGAGGACCACUUAUGCCAAGAACACAGUAGGACAACCAUCUUACAAAGAUCUUCAGUAAAUUUUCCCAUCCAACAAUAUCCAGACGACGCCAGUGACCAAAUAUUCAGCUGUAACCACAGCAAUAACUGGCCCUCUUUCCAGAUUGGGUUUGCUGAACGUGAACAGUCCAGCCGUCUUCAGGUGGCCUAAGGUGGUAUGCUGUAGGGGAAGCACAUCUCUUCCGGCCAAGAAUUGAGAUUGGACUAUGGAAGAAACCACCUGAUACAGUGAGAGUACUCAGAGUACCUAAAGGACUCUUAAUGAUUAACAUAAGGCCCUUGGUGAUGGGGUCGUAGCAGCUGCCCUGGCAAUGUCACUCUGACAUGAUGUUAUUUGCUUGAAGGCCCUGGAAGGACAGAAUAUUUUAAAAAUCUAUCCAGGUGCUAAAUAGGCAGCAGAUCUAAUUCACACUGGACUACCACUGAGCUAAUAGUUGUCUCCAGAAAAUAAUUUCACCCAAGAAGUACUCCAGCUUUGCAAGGAAUAGCCCCAGGAGAGUAAUAGGAUAAACAGGCUGUUACCCCGGAGAAAAUCGAGUACAAAGAGGUCUAGUUCACAGCAAAUUCACUGCCUACUCCCAUGUACAUGGCAGUGAGUACCAGUUGAUCAUGGCCCUCUCUUCUGCAAAACCCAGAUGUGAGGAGUCAGAAUCUCCAACACUGUUUUCAAGAUAACCAGUAGCCACUUCCUUUCAACUGGUGUUGGCAAUGAGAAUGAAAGUUCAUUGUCAUCCCUGUUAGAGAGGCAUACAUCUCAAUGGCAUAGGCAUUCUGGAAUACCCUUUCCCAGGUACAUUUGUCCACUGAGAGAACAGCCUCAGAAACAGAAGUACCAUGGAGUGAGCUGAGUUCUUGGAGAGAUGAUACGGCUGGCCCCUGAUUGAAGGCACAACUUUUGGGCCUUCUUGGCCUGAGUGCCUUCUGGGGUAUUUCCAUAUGCAACAGCCCAGAGGCAUAGCCUUGGGCAGCCACCGACAGGUUUCCUUUCACUUCCGGACACAUGCAUCACUUUCACAGCACUUGGGGAAUGGAAAUACCUGCAGGAGUGAAGGUCAAGGGCUCUCCCCGGGUAUCACAUUCAUUACUCAGCUUCCUUUGUGACCACAUCAGCCAACCCACUGCCAGCUGUGUUCUUCAUCCUCAUUGCUUCUGCCUCCAUAUAAAUGAAACUAAAGGCCUCAGCAUGGCCUGGGGGUGGUGUUGUUACCUAGUGGCCCUCUCUCUCCCAUUAUAGGUGUAAGGUGCCCUGUCCAUACAUUUGCACCAUUUCUCCAAGACAGCAUUUCCCUUUCAUACAAUCUCUUUGCAGCAGAAUCCAGAGUUGGACUGUAGUUUACCUUCCUGGGAAGCUCAUUUAUCUUCAUUUGAAUUAAUACUUCCAUGUGGGACUAACUUGGUGGAAGCACAAUCAUUGCAGGUCUUCAGAAAGUUCUUAUUGCCACAGCUACCCAGUACAAGAAACUACCCUAAUGUCAGAUCUUAAAAGGAUGGAGACCUUUGGUUGUAUGAGGCAGUGUUACAAUAUUCCAGCUUCAUGUGUUCCCCAGCCUGCCUAAUCCAUUUCCAUCUCUGAUUGGCUUUCAACCUCCAGGACCCAAAGGGAACCCAAGGUUCUGCCUAUGUCUGUUGACAUGAGAAGAAUUCAACUUUCUUUGCCCAGGGUUCCCUCUGCCUAUUCCUCUGCAUUCAGACAUCUUCCAUCAUACCAGUGUUUAGAACCAAAGCAUGAAGGACUAGUGCCAGCAGGAUAGUCAGCAGAAAUAUUAUCUCUAGAUGCAGGCAGAUGAGCCCAGAGGAUGGUCCCAGAGAAACCAGACUGGCCCCAAUAGAUAUCCGGCAACCAUCCCAAUAAACAUUGACUUGUCCUUGGCACUGGGAGCCUGGGUAGGAGAUCCUGGGGCAGCUGUGCCUAUUGUUCCCCAGGCUAAGAUCUUCCUGCCUAAAGAACUAGCAGCCCUGGGGUACUUAUGAGUAUGCUACUGGCUUGUUGGUAUGAAACAGAAGGUGGCUUUGUAGGGGCCAGCAGGCAAAGAGGCAGGCAGGUGGCUUGUGCUGGAAAGCUUUGCCUAACAGUCCAGACGUGGCCAGAGGCUGGUUAUAAAUUUGAACUCCCUGAGCCCAUCUGCAACUCUGCCUCUGUUCUCUUGCCUUCUGUUUGGUUUCCCUUUAGUUUCCUAGUAAAUGUUCCUUUUGAAAAAUUCCAACCUUGUUUCAUUGAACUUGGGGGGAAGAUAAUUCUCCGUUGUCUUUUCCAGGAUAGAGAAGGAAAUUAAAGUACCUUGAAAAAAUGGAAAUGGCAGUGGAAAGGGAUAUAACCUGGUUAGAUCUUUGGAAGAGACCUUGGGGAAAACUGGUUCCAAGAGAUGGGGAGAAACCAACUGUCUCCCUCAAUCACCUGGCACUGAUUCUCAGCCCAUUCCUCUUGCUGCCUUUGUCUUCAAGGAGAUCUGCCCUAUUUGAGUGUUGCUGCAAAAGCAUCUUCCCAGCCAGUGAACUGGGCACAUUUUGCAGGCGAUGUGAUACCUAGGAAGUACACUGGUGCAUGACCAGAGGAGGAAUAGGGGAGGGGAGGGAAAGGAAUGGUUUCUACAGUGUGGAUGUUUUCAAAAUGCCCAAACAAGCAUGACUCUAAAUGGAAUGAUUUUGUCCUUAUGGCCAUCAGUAGAACUACAUUUCAUAUGAAGGGAAGAAAGGCAUACUCUCAAGCCAACAAGACUGACAAAAGAUAGAUAUGGAAAAUGUCUUGCUAUCUUCAUGGCCAUCCUGUCCUGGUGGGUGUUCCAAUUAUCUAUUGCUGCAUAACAAAGCACUACAAAACUUAGUGGUUUAGAUGGCAAGUUAUCUCUCAUGAUUCUGUGGGUUGGCGGUGUUUAGGUGAUUGUUCUCUCUUGGAGUCUUACGGUUGCUAUCAGAUGGCAGCUGAGGCUGGUAUCAUCUGAAUACAGAACUGGGCAGGAUAUCCAUGAUGGACUCUUUGCAUAUACAUCUGGCUCCUCUAUUGGGAUGACCAGAACAGCUGGAGGCUCAUUGGGCAUCUCUCUACACAUAGUCUCUCCACAUGGUUAGCUUGUGCUUCCUCACAACAUGGAGGUCUCAAGGCAGUCAGACUGCUUUCAUAGCGGCUGGCUUCCCCCAGAGCUAACGUUGCAAGAGGUCCCAGUAGAUGCUGCAAGGCUCUUCUAAAUAACCUCAGAAGUAACACAGAGUCAUUCCCACCACAGACUGUUGGUCAAAAGCAAGUCAUAGGGCCAGCCUAGAUUCAAGGGGAAGGGAUUACACAAGAAUGGAAUACCAGAAAGUGUGGCUCAUCUCAUCGGGGCCACUUUGGAGAUAGUGGGGAUGGGAGUGGAGGGGGAGGUGUCACUGAAUCAGAAGGCUUCCUGGAUAGCUGUCACUUUAAAAUCACAUGCAGUACUUAACAUGCACGAGGGUGCAGUGAGGAGGGAAUAAUAAGGGGCAGAGGAGAAGGGGAAGGGUUAUUCAUGAACACUUAAAUAGAGCAUAAGCUGAAGAAAAGUGAAUAGUUAUGAUCAAAACAGAACUUACAGUGUCACAAGAAACCCUGGAGGAAAAUUGUCAUUCUAGUGACUGCUCAAAAGCUUGAGUUGAGUGCUUUUACCCCCCUUAUCUUUACUGCCAAAGUAAAAGUCCAAACAAGACAUUCCCAUGCUUGGGAACAUACUUAGAAAUGAAAACGCUAAGUAAGUAAGCACAGGUUGUUUGUCCCUUUUCUGAAGACUUCGCUUCAGAAAGAAUUACUGUAGUUAAUUAAGAGACAGAGAUUUUAUCAAAUCUAGUUUAAGCAUAGCUCUGCCAGUUGUCCCCGGCAUGAGGUCCUGGCAUGGCUACGGUUGCCAUGGUGCUUUCUCCAGUCUGCCCCUCCCUCUCUUGCAGCAGUCCCGCCAUAUGGAAUAGUCAGGGUCAGUCCACUGCUCUUCCCUCCACCCUGGCCUCCUCCAAACUCAGCCACCUUGCUAGAACUUUCAAAGCAAAGUUAUAGAAAGUGACUUAAUGCACUGAGAAAAGGACAUAACCAUGGAUGCGCAUAUGGCCAAAAACAGUGUCUGCAGCCUGUAUGUGGAUCCUGAGAAUUCUGCAGGCCAUGUGGCUGCCCAUGGCCACCCAUUUCACUGAUGGCCACUGAGGGGUAUUGAGAGUGUCCAGCCUGGGAGGGCCUUGGAAUGGCCAGAGAGGAUGGCCUCACCUGUUUCUUUACUGUCCUGUUCUAGAUCCCUGUGAAGAAUCUCUCUCACACAUAGGAUUCCUGAGCUGCUUGCUGACAUGGAGCGCAGCCAGAGGCUAAGAGUGGCCAGUGAGACCUCUCUGAGGCUCGGGUUUUCCCACCGAUGGGGGUCUUCUGACUCUUCCCCCUCCAAUCCUCUCUCAGGGCCAGAAAGAGGCCAUAACCCUUCAAUGUCCUUUAACAACCACCUGUGGGCACUUUCCUAACCACAGACCCAGUGACACCUGCCGCAAAGGCGCUACUUGGCACCUUACCUUCUCAGCCAGAGAGAAGUCAUAGGCAGUGUUCAGAGAAAUCUAGUGUGUCUCCGAGAUGCCCGUUCCGUAUGAGUGGAGCCCUUCCAUUGUAGCACAAGCUAUUCUACCUUCUCUCCAACUUCAUAUCAAAUAGGCUGACCUUCAUGGAAGAAGUGAAAUAGUAAAGCUCAGGAAAAGAUAAUAAUCAGAAAAAUUGCCCCAGCAGUUGAGGAAAUAUCCCGGAGAAGACCUGUAGGAGAACUCUGAGAAAAAUAGGAAAAAAGAGAGUUGGCUGUUAUUCUGGGAGCUGUGGAAGACAAGCCCUGGUCCUCAACGCUAAGCCCAGAUGUGACGUAAAGGAAGCUCUGGUCAGUGCCACGGACCUGCCUCCAGUGUUGAUGAUGUCAGAUAUAAAGCUCCCUUUGCUCAGUCUCCCAAGAGAACAGAUCAAGGCUCUCCAACGACUAUGGCAGAACCCACUUCCUCCUUCUUCCACUCAAGAGGCUUACAUGUCACUUGCUGCCUAGGCUCCCUGGGCAUAUGGGCUGCAAAGUUAAACCAGUAGUAUGAUCACUUCUGUCCCCUCGCUCCCUGGUGUCUUCUCACUGUGUCCAGGAGCUCUGGGCAUGGGAAGGACUAAGAAUCAAGAUUGAAGAUGGCCCCCAAGGCCCCAGAGGAUCAAGAGCCAGCCCUGAAGUCCUGUACUUUGGCUAAGUCUCAGUGGCAUCAGGGUCCCCCAUCUCAUCCACAGGCCAGCUGAUGAUUCUCAUGUACCUCCUCCUGGUAGGGAAGAGGAGAACAGGCCAAAGGGACCUGGGCCACAGAGGCUGUCCCCUUAACUCAUUGCUACUGCCUCUCCAAACUCCAUCAUAAGGUAGAUUUCCCUGGGAAAUGAAUGAGCAUUGCCAGACGGUUUUUUUUUAAAGUAUAUUUAUCAAUAUGAAGAUUAUUGAUGAUAACACCACAUCUUAUAGUUUACGAUGCAUGGUAUCAUUUUUUUAUCCAUUUUCUUUAUUUUUUGAAAAUUCAACUUGUAAUUCCAAGUGGUAAAGGUAGUUUAAAAAAAAAAACAAGUUAAUAUCUUCUUGGCUCGAUACUAAAUUUAUUGUAGUUAUUAUUCCAAUAACUAUCCAUUGCAUUAAAGCUAUUUCCAAACCAGCAUUUGACAUAGUAAUAUUGAUGGUUUUUCCUAUCAAGUAAACAUCAUCUUCAAGACACUGACUUUUUCACAAUUUAGAUAAAAUUCUUUUUGCAUGGCAGCAGUAUCCAGAUUUGAAUUUUCAAGUAAAGACAAUUUCUCUAAUUCACCAAACUCAAAGCUUUCAGGUAAUAAUAAAAUCAUUUCUUCAAAUACCUAAAGAUAUUUGUAUUCACGGCCUCAGAGAUGAACUUAUGGACUAUAUAAACUGGUGAAUAAAUCUUCCAGAAACAAGUUUUACCUUCAUCUCAAAACAGUAAUGAUUUUUUAAAUACAUAUUUUCCCUCAAGAAAUUUUGUAACUAAUUAAAUUUUUUUAAGUCUAAAAUAGAGUUUUCCAACGAUCCUUACCUUAAAAGUGCACUAGAAAGUACAAACAAGAUAAGGACUCAAUAAAGAAAAGCAUUGCCAUAAACUGUACCUUUCUUAAAGGCAAACAAAUGUGCUGUCCCUGCCUGUGUGUCUACAAACUCAGAUGGGAACCCUGGCUGAGGGCUCAUUGGGCCUGUUGGAUCCAGAAAGGCUUACAGACUUUCUUACACAAGCAGCAUUGUGUCCCAACAUUAUUAGGGUCAGUAUUUUAAAAUUGUGUUUUCUGCAUAGAAAGAGUGAAUAUAUGAAUGUUUCAUUGAGAAUAAGACCCAGGCAGUCCUGAGCUAAGUAAGCCCCCCUGGAGAGAAUAAGGUGUCUCGGCUUACCAUAUAAAAUGAAAGAGGAACACUAAAUGCUAUUUUCCAAAUCAGAACUCCUGGGGUUGAAAAUACUUAAACCAAAGUAAAUAUUUUUCAUAUAUAUAUAUAUAUAUAUAUAUGUAUCGAUUUUAUUUUGUUCUCUGCAAAGUUGUGUCACACUAUCUUGAACAGCACUAACAGGUUUUGCAAUAAUUGGAUUUGUUUGAGGAAAAUUAACAAGAGGACAUUUAAACUUUGCCUCCGGGUGUUUUCCACGCUUGAGAUCCGCAGGAAGCUGCUUGCCUGAUCCUGGCCCUAACCAGCGCUGUUAACCCCCGCUGGCCCUUUCACAGCUACUCCCUGGCCUGCUGACACUCUCCUUAGCAGUCCACUCAACAGCUUCGACAAACCCUCUGGGGCUUCUGGGUCGAAAGAAUGGCUACUUUGGCAGCAACUGCCACUUGGUUUUGAUUCUCCCCUCUCUGAAAGGUGGUUCUUUUUUUCCCAAAAAAUUCAAAGCAAAGGAGAAUGAAUCCAUGUCACCAAACAGAAUAAGAACAAGGACAACCACUGUGUGUGCGGGCAGGGGAGUGGGGGGGAAACUCUAGAGCCAGCCCAAGUGCCGUAUUCUUCAUUUUUUCCCUACGUUUUAAAGUUUAUUCAUCUUGAACUUUUAGGGGACAUAAAGAUGGAAUUUCAAAAAACAUAAACAAUGGACUCAAAGGAAAUCCAAGGGGGUAUAUCCGUGACUUGAAAGAGUCCCAUAAAACCAGAAAAGUUUAGUAAAUUACUCAAACACUUAUUCUGUUUGGUAGACCAAAUAUUGACAUUUGGUUGAAUGGCUCCAUUAUGUCAAUGUUCCCAGCCCAUGUAAAAGUAGCUGUUGGCAGGUGCCUUCUUAAAGGACUGUUCCUGUGCGUGAAGCCUCAGUGGGACCUACUAUCCCUCAGAGGGGCCCUUUCUGGCUUGGAAGAGCAGACUCAGGAAACGCCAGUGCAGUCUUCAGGUCUUCUGAUGCUUCCAUAUGGAGGGCAAGUCCUUGUGGAGAAAGG